AGGGUUUGCAAUCCGAAUAAUCCGAAUAUUCAAUUAUCCGAAUAUCCGCCGAAAAUAAUAUUCAAAAUUAUCCGAAUACUAAACCGCGAAUUAUCCGAAUAAACGGAUAUUUUGAAAACAUUAAUAAAAUCAUUUAUAAGCAGGAAAAAUUCAAAAAAAAUACGAGAAAAAACACUAAUGGCGUUUUAUGUCCAUCUGUAUUGACCAAAUAAGGUGUUUAGACAAAUGUUCCAUAUUAAGUAUUAUAUUUUAUUAAAUAAGUACCCGAAUACCAACUUUCACAUACAUAAAUUACAUAAUAUAUUGAUUUAAUCGUCGCCUGGUACCCACAACACAAGCCUUCUUGAGCUUACUGUGGGACUAGGUUGAUUUGUGUAAGCUUGUCCUAUAAUAUUUAUUUAUUUAUUAAUCUAGCAGACACGAAUUGUUAUGUUACUAAUGUUACUAUUACUAUUAUUAGGUAUUUAAAUGAGCAACGAAAACACUUGCAGAUAAGGCGGAUUUUCUACCUGCCACUAAAAUAAUUAUUGGUAUUACCUACCUACUCUGAAAGUCUGAACCGGCCGACACCGAACCCAUUCGCUCAGUCAGUCAGUCUGUAUCAAUUACGUACAAAGGUAGGUUGUCUUGUCUGUUAUUGUUUCACGUCGCGUCACGCGUGGUAUUUAAAAAAAUGUGAUUUGCAAGUGAGUUUUUGUGUGACGAAAGAUAUGCCUCCUUACCAGGAAAAAAGUAAGUACGGUUAAAUUUCUAUACUAACUUUAAGCUAUUAUGUAAUUUAUGUGCGAAAAAUCAUUAUUACAUUUGUGUCCAUUGGUUUUAUAAAAUUAAUCUGUUAAUCGUGGGAUUCGUGAGUAAUACAAAAGAGGCGAGCAAAAAUUGUUAUUCCCCAUGAUUAAUAAUUUUAAAGCUAUUAACUUAAUAGUAUUAAGCAACAGAAAACAUCAUUUGCUCAGCAACUUUUGAAAAUAAUGUGUAGUUUUAUUUUUAGCACAUUCUAAAGUUCUUUCGAUAUGUAAUCAAAUUGAAUAGGAUAUUUUUUAUUUCAUUGGCAGUGUUGCCAGUGUUUUACAAUUUUAAAUAAACUUUUUAUUUGCACGAGUCGUCGAAAGAGUAAGGAUAAGGAUAAUGCACAGGUAUCAAGGCUAAUUAGUGCCCUAUCUUCGGCGUUGUCAAUUGUCAUGUAAGGAUUCGCAGAUAAAAGCUUAAAAAUUGCUGGGGCAAAGAUCGACAUCCUUGAAUUAAAUGGACAGCCAAAAUAAAUAUUAUACAACAAAACAAUGGAUAAAACCAGCGAGUUUACGGAGUAUAAACUUCCUAAUGAAAGUGAUAACUCAGCUUGGAAACAUUUUUUAAGAAGCGUGGAUGGACUCAAAGCAAAGUGCAAGAUGUGUGCUAAGAUAUUGAAAAAUUCACGAUCAACAACACCGCUCCAUAAUCAUUUAAAACUACACGGAGUUAAUCUGAAAAAAAGCUCUGAAAAUGCUACCGCUUCCACGUCGACCACGUCUCAAUCUCAAAGGACUAUCAGCACAGGCGAAACAAGUGAAAGUGAAGCUGCAGAACCACCUAAGAAAAAAACAAAAUUAACCCAUUUCUUCAAAAUUGAAGACUGCAUGGAAGUACACGUAUCCAAAUUAGCAGCUUUGGAUGGGCUUUCGUUUAACGUUAUUUGCACGUCCAUUACUAUAAGAAAACUUUUCUUAAAAAGUGGAUAUAGUUUGCCAAAGUCGCCCCACACUAUAAAACGAAUUAUAGUAUCACAAAGUGCCGAAUUAAAACUGGCUUUGAAACAGCAACUCAAUAAGAUGAAGAUAGAAGGCAGCAGCUUUUCAGUAAGCUUGGAUGAGUGGACUUCAUCGUCACAAAAUACCAGGUACAUGAACUUGAACUUACAUUCUCCAAAACUGCCAUCCGAAGGUUACAAAAACCUUGGAUUGUUACAAAUCAAAAACAAAGGAACUGCUGAAAACUUGUAUAAUAUGCUUGAGAAGCAGUUAAACGAUUUCGAUUUGCAGCUCAGUGACAUAGUAUGCAUAAUAUCUGAUGGGGCUAAGGUUAUGUGUGCACUGGGACGACGUACUACUGGUUUUCACCAACUAUGUUUGGCACACGGUAUUCAGCUGGCAAUUUUCGACGUGUUAUACAAAAAAAAUACCACUGCAACCCCAGCAGCAGAAACUUAUUCCGGCUCUGACGUAGAAGCUUCAACGACAAUCGACGAUUCAGAAGGUGAUAGCGACUUUGACCGUGAAUACAGUAUAGAAAUAGAAGAAGAAGAAGGCCUGUGUAUUGAGCAAACAAGGCCAUCACCAAUGCAACUGGUUGAUAAUUAUAAAACUCUUAUAAACAAGGUGAGGUCCGUUGUUAAACUUUUAAAAAAAUCUCCGACGAAAUCAGAUAUUCUUUAUAGGAAUGCCGAAGAUGAAAAAAAGAAUGUGCAUUUGAUUCUGGACUGUAAAACAAGGUGGAGUAGCCUUGCGGAUAUGGUAACAAGGUUUAUCUUAUUAAAACAAUCAAUACUUAAAUCACUGAUUGAUAUAAAGUCUCAAAUAACUUUUUCUGAAGACGAGUUUCAGCAACUGAAUGAGAUUGCAGAUUCGCUUAAUAUGAUUAAAACCACGGUUGAGUCAAUAUGCCAGAGAGAUGCUAAUUUAUUAACGGCUGAAAUUGCAAUGAAGUUCAUGAUUCAAAAACUAUCCGAAAAUCAUAAUCAGCUUUCGAUGAAACUAGUAAAGGCACUAAAGGAAAGGAUCGCUGAGCGGAGACUAUCAGACGUAAGUGGCACACUUAAGUACUUACAUAAUCCCACAAAUUUUUACAGAGAAGGUUUAGGCGAAUAUCCUUUUGAAAACCCGAUGAACGACCGCGUAAAAGAAAUUAUAAUAAAAUUAAACAGUCGCCAAACACAACAUCAAGAGAUUACAGAAUUACAGAGUCCUGAGCCUGACAAUACCGAAACUGAGCCUAUUCCUGGUACCAGUACAGGUUCUACUGCGAUGCCAUCGAAUUAUACAAUAAAGGAUCAGCUACAAGCUGAAAUAAACCGAGCAUUGUCCGCAGGUGCUUCCACAAGUUCUCAAGAAACAAGUGAUUUAGAUUUAAACACUAAAAUAAACGUGGAAAUGGCCUUAUAUGACAGUGGUGGCCAAAGAUCAGAUAGUCUCGAACGUGCGUACAAUUCACUGCGUACAAUACCACCGACAAGUGUUGAAGCGGAAAGAGUUUUUUCCGCAGCUGGUUAUUUAUGUAAUCACUUAAGGUCUAAAAUGAAGGAAGACUCUAUAGAUGCUUUGAGUUUUCUCAGAUCACACUACCAGGCUCAAAAAUAAUGUGAUAGUAAAAUCUAUAUUUUAUCGAUGUAAUCACUACCAAAAAUGCAACUAUGAUCUCUGAUUAAAAAAUAAUACUUAAUUGAUUACUUGUGUAAUUUGUAUUGUUAUUAAUGUUACUAAACCAAUCGUUAUUUUGUAUAUUUAGUUGAUUAUUUAUUUAAACCAUGUACCUAUAAGUAAAUAUAAUUAUUUUUAGUGCCAGUUACUAGCUAUUUACCCUACUUACAUAUUAUGUGUGUUACCAUUAAUAUAAUAUAACAUUGAAAUUUAUUUAAAUCUAGAAAUAAAUCUAGUUUUACACUCGUUUUUUAAAAGUUGAUUUUUUGUUUAAACUCGUUACUUAAUCUCAUUUAUUUUUAAUUAAGUUAAGUUAAGACACUGAGAUGCAUACUUUUUUAUAUUAUUUGACAGCGAAAAGAAAAAACUAUAGGACAAAUCUUAUAUGUAAAUAUUGAUAUAUGAUGUGAUUUAUGAUAUUAUUAAAGAAUAUAACGAUCUCAGAUUAUACAAGAAUGUUAAAAAAACAAACAUUGAUUUACAAUUGUUAUACUUAAAGUUGAUUAGUUUUAUCUCUAAAUUGUAUGUGAUUUAUUAGUAUGUAAUUAUAUUGAGCUAAGUUUCCUAGUUUCCAAUUUCCAAUUAUUAAAACAUUUUCUCAGUGUUAAUUUUUAUUAUGAAAAUUACAAAUUACGUGGUGCGAUAAUGACAAUGACAAUAUUUUUCAGGUUGUUUGUUACUUGACUUGUUGAUUUUAUGCAUUACACAGCUUUAAAUACG